UUGUGACACGCACGUUCCUGAGACUAGUGACGCGCUCCUUAGUUACGGCCGUUCGGCGCUGCGUUGCUAAGGAGCGAGCAGUAAGAGGGGGAACCGUAGGCGUGAGUCAAGAAAUCCGGCCGAAAGUUGCAUCUAAAUCCCAGCACUGUUUUACAAUAUUGCUUAGAUUAGUUAUGUUACUCCAAACUUCAAACCAGCUCCAGACCAAACAUUUAUAUUAGAGGAAGUUGGGUAUCUGAUGUCAUUUUCCGUCAGGAUUGGCCAUUGAGGCGAAAGUUGGAAGGGGAAAUUAUCAAGAAACCGAGAUAAUUUUCAAACAGCAGAGCAAAGUUUCGACCAUUCUUUUCACCGACUAAAUCGGAAUAAAAUGCCGAAGGCCAAAGGAAGGAAUGCGUUCUUUUUCUUUAUGCUUGAUUGGAGAAAGCGCGCGGAAGCACAGGGUCGUAGAUUUCCGAAUGGACUCAAAGAUGUUACAGCAGAUUCAGGAUGCAAUGAGGAGUGGCAAAGUUUAACUAAGCAAGAAAAAGGUCCAUAUGAAGCUAUGGCAAAACAAGAUAAAGUUGCAGGACAAAUACAGAACAAAGAUAAGAAAACAACCUUUGGAGAAUUGAUAAGUGAUAUUGAUCGAAAAGAAAAAGAGAAGAAGCAAGCCUUUAAAGAUAUGCAAGAGAAUAUAAAAUUUUCUAUUGAUACAGCUAUAAAUCUCAAUAUUUUGCCAAAAUCGAAAUUUUGCUUUAUGCAUGUUAAUCAUUUUUUUUCGAUGAUUAUUGAUAAUAACGUUGAAUAUUUUCCGGCCGAAUAUGCAUUAGGAAUUUUUUCAUUUGAGGAUGGUAUAGAAGAUGUACAUCAUAUAAUUGUUAGUGCUGAGAUUCCAUUAGGAUAUAGACGGGAAGCACUUGAGACGAGUCAAAACUCUCAUAAUAUACCUGUAGAAUAUCAAGGUGGAGAAACUGAGUUUGCUGUUAUGUAUAAGAAAUUGAUAAAUUUUCUAGAACCUAGGAAGGUUGUGAACAAAUAUCCUCCUCUUUAUACAACAAAGACUUGUUUCACAGCAGUGCAAUCUGUGUUAGGAAAACUGUGUGACGCAGCACAAGAAGAUAAAGAUGAGUUCAAGGUUUAUGAAUUGGAAGAAUUGUUUAUACAUUUAGCAGAUGAAGGUUACAAGAAAAGAACAGAUGUAAAAAAAAAGUUUUAUCCUGUUUAUGCCCAACGCAUAUUUAUAUGCUACAACUAUAUCCAUGAAAAAGGCUUUGAAUGUUCUUUCCACAAAUUUGUUGAUGGAGGAUCUGAAUACUGCAGUAAAUCUAUACUGCAGCAAUGGGCAUGGAUAUUGUGUAAAGAAUUUUGUGACUCGCUAGGAGUGAAUAUGCGUCCAGGAAUACAUUACCCUGACAAAUCUGAUGUUGCUACCUUAACACAUUCGAUUAGUAACUUGGAAGUCGGUGGUUCUUGCAAAUCUAAACCGGAAUGUAAUACACUAUUAUCAAUGACAGGCGUAAGUGAACAUCAUAGAUUGAAAGUGUCUAGUAGGACAUAUCAAGAUGAAAUACGUCGUCGGACUGAAUCGAAACCAGUGGAAGUUAUUGAUUAUAGCAAAUUGGAUAGAUCUAUCUAUGAGUCUGUUGAUAAACCUGUUGAUAAAUCUGUUGAUAAACCUGUUAAUGAAUUGAAGAAAAAACAUGUGCCAAGUUAUUUGGGUGAACAAUCAUUGCGACCUCCAAAUAUCGAAAACUCAUAUGUUAUUGGCGCUUCUAUCAUGGAAGAUUAUAUUUCGAUGGAUGACGAACAAAGUUUUCCUCCUAUUGGUGGAAGAGGUGUGCCAUACAAAUCCACUAAAACCGUAAUAAAGAAGCCAGCUUUAGGCAAAGGGCAAGGACACGCAUAAGACAGAUUUUCGAAAAUGUACCAGUUGAACUUUGAUACAAUUAUGAGCAUUACAUUAAGGAAAUAUAUUAUCCAUAUGAUUUUUUUUACCAAAAAAAAUAGAUUUAAGAACCAAAGAAAAAAUAUGAUAUAUGAGAAAAAAAGUUUUAUUUUAACUAUAAACUAAUAAUUUUGUUUACGUUAAACGUUACAAACUUUAUGCAUAUACAAGAAUUUAUCUAAGAAUAUAAAAAAAUUUUUAGAGAUUUUUUUAUGUUUAUGAAACUUACAUACAUCUAGCAGAAAAAUAAUUACCUUACAAAAUAAUCACUAGGUUAUCCAAUAAAUAUAAUACAAUAUUAUCCAUUUUAAUGUUAUUAUUAAAUAAUACUAUAUUAAAAUCAUACAGAUAUAA